UGCAUAAAUUAAAAUUUCUUCCUCCAUAAUUUCACAAUUUCAAAAAUGAACACAAUAAACCGCUGUCAGCACCUUUUCUAGAACUGACAAGACUGUCAGCAAAACAAGCUUUUGUUAGAGCGCUAGAAUAGCGAACAAUGACUAGCUGUCAUGAAAGUGACUGUGGUGAACUUGUCAGUGUUGCGGAAUCGGGCUGUUAAUUUAGAUUUUUACAAUUGCGCAGUAUUUUCAUACCAACAUGGAAUUUAAUAAAAAGUAAGUGAGUUUUUGUAUUUUUGGGUAAAAAUGAUCUAAUUCUACAAACUUUAAAAUAGAAGUCGUACCACAAACCGUGAGCAAUUUUCGCUGCUAGUUGAGAGAAUGAAGCUUAACGGGGAUAUUGCCAAGAACAUGACCAAACAAUCGCCGGAGGUAGUGUCAGUGUUUUGGUCAACCUUAAGCACAGACUUGAAUGCAUUGGGACCUCCGGCAAAAUCGGUUUCAGAAUGGAAGAAGGUAUACAUAAAAUGUGCAUAUGUAAAAUUCAACUUGUUCUAUAUGGAUUUCCUUAAUCUUAGGUAUGGUCAGAUUUUAAGUCUUCAAUUUAAAAAAAAAAUGUCACACAACAGGAGCCAAAUGCAAGCUACAGGUGGAGGUCCAAAUGCAGAAAUUCCAUUGACUGCUUUGGAAGAAGAAGUUGCGCAGCUGAUUUGCAUUCAAGACACCAUAACGGGUGUUUCAGGGCGCAAUAAUUAUGGUGUCCCACAGGAGCCACGCGUAGGCCAAAUUGAAAGCACGAACAGCGUGCCAACUAGUGGAGUGACAUCAGAUGAAAGCAUACCUGAAGCAAUUUCAGCUACAAGUACUCGACCCCAAAGCAGAGUACAAAAAAAAAGCCAGCUGAAAAUGUUGAAAACGCAAAUAGAUUUACAAAAAAAAAUUUCAUCAGAAAGUUUCGUCCAGUUUGGUUAA